AUGGACAAAGACCUGGUCAGGGGCAUGAUGGAAAGAAAUCCAGAUGUUGUUUUAAGUGAAAUCUGGAAGGAAGACUCAAGUGAGUCUGGAGCUUCGUCACUGCUCUCAAUUCUAGAGAGUCACAGAGGAGUUUGGACUGAAUUGCAUUUCUGUUUUAACUCUCUUAAACAAACACUGAUGCACUUUGGGCUCGAGGUCACCGACAUCACGGAAUCUCUCACAUGGACUCGUUUCUCACAGCAGAGACGAAGAUCUGCACAGGAAUCGGCUUUAUCAACCAACAUCAUGAAACUACAGGUUCUGCUCAUCUUCACGUCAGUCCUGGUGGCUCAUUCUGCAUCCUCACAUGUCAGUAUUCCAGAUUUUGGAGCGCUUAGUGAACCGGAUCGGGAAGGUCCGGACGAGCGCAGCACCUCGGAAGACGACAGGAUUUGCUUCUUGUUAAAGGAGAAGGAUUCGGAAAGUCACAUUUCCUGCAAGCAUCGUUUAACCCGCAGUAAAUUUAACUACAACCCGUUCGGUCUGCGCUUUGGGAAAAGAGACGGACGCUUAAAAACAAACAGAUCAGCAACAAGAAAGAUGCUCCCGGUCCUGCUUUUUGUGAGAGAACUGAAGGAAGAAUCAUAAACACAAAAUACACACAGGAAUCUGCAAAAAGUCAAUUUUGAUAAAGCUGGAUUAACUGAAGGUUUUGUUGUUCUGGACAUUUGAGCCUGUUCCAAUUAGAAGAUGGUGUGUACCGUGUUAUUGUGUGCAAUUUAUUUUUAAUUUAAUUUUAAUAAAAUUAAAUAUAUUCAUAA